AUGUCUAUUCCUUCGACGUUUGAUGCGGUCAAAUCGCAUCUGGCUCAAGUGCAACAAAAUCCAUCGACGGCGUUGGAUGUUGCACUCAUCGAGAAGUUGCAGCUGCAGCUGAUUGAAUCGACUGACACUUUGGUGCCUGCCACACUUUUAUCACAGAUCUCAGCUCUUUUGCCUGUUCUGCAAGAAGACCCUACACCGCUCACCACCUUAGGUAUCAAAGCGACCACAUAUUUCAGCUUCACCGAUCUCCAAUCCGUCGAUCCUCCGAUCAACCUUGUCGCUGGCUUCAAGGCUCCGUCACCACCAAUCAAUCUUCUCGCCCUAUCGCUAUUAGCCAAAGCCGGAAAAUCCACAAGUGAAGCUGCGAUAGUUGCAGGGGAACCUGAGUUGGUUGCUUCGCUCGUUGAAGUAUGGCUCUCCACCUCGUCAACUGAAGUCGCGCAAGCUGCACUUCAAACAUUAUGGGCACUCUUGGAGAUCGACGCUGCUAGCAAUCUGGAAAAUGGAGAACGCGAGUCCACCGCUGAGCAUGCUCAGGCAGGACAAGGCCUGAUGUGGAGAAGAGUGUUCAAGGAUAAAGAUGUCUAUGGGCUGUUGUUUGGGCUCUGCAGCCUACAGAAUGAUGCGCCAGGAGAGCUGUCUAAGCGCGAAAGGACUAUCGCACAGGGAAGGCUUCUGGCACUCUUGGAGAAAGCUGGAAAGCUUCGCUGGGACAUGAUAUCCACUGCACAAAUUCCAGAAAUCGAGACCAAAUACAAGAGCACUAGCAUCUUGCACUUUGCAACUUGUCAGAUGACCCAAGAGAGCGACGUUCUGAUGCACAUGACACUUCUCAGCUUCUUCCGUGAGCUUUUGGAUAUCGAAGCUCCAGGUCUCCAUGCUCGCAGCUAUGUGCACUCAGCUUCGACAUUCUCUUCCCCAGCUCUUGACUUUCUGGUAGCACAAAAGUUGCAUUCAAAGGUGCUUAGCUAUUAUCUCGAUGACUCUAAACUGGAUCCCGUUGAUUUGAUCUACCUAUCUGGUCCAAUCAUGGCAUAUGUCUCGCGGUAUGCAGAGCUGUACCCGAACCACUUAUUGCAGAGUCCUGCUACCGUCCUCGACGGGAUUGUAUCGACCAUCAACAGAUCGCUCGUCAUUCCUGCCACGCAAUGGGCACACGGCGAAACCCCUACAGGUCACUUGGCUGUUCUAGCCUCACUUCCUCGAGUGCUUCUCGUGGAGGCAGGCAAGCAUGGCGCCAACCCUGUUCUAGCCAUUCCCACAGAUCCCGCAAAUGCUGAAGCCUUGGAUGUUUUGGCAAAGAUAUUCCACGGGCCCCAACGAACACAGACGCCUGAUUCGAUGGAUUUGAACACAUCUGGUCAAACCCCAACCGACUGGGAACAUGAAGCAGCCGCGGCGCGCAUCCUCUACUUCCUCUACCUCAAUCAACACCCUACCUUCUGGACCUCUGUGGUAGCCAUUGCCGAUAUUCUCGUCAUGAAGGACAUUGCGUUGUCAGCAAUCACUUUCAUGAGGGCCAUAGCUACAGCCAACUGGAAACCCUCUCCCCCAGCAUCCUCCCACGGCAGCUCUUCUCGGUUCCAGCUACCUUCUGAAGAAAGUCUAGGAGAGCUAUCCCCGGCUACUAGUGGAUUCUUCCCCUCAUCUGGUGCAUGGGCAGUUCUUACCCCACCGGCACUUACGACACUGCUACCUUAUCUCUUCAAACCACCCCGCUCAUAUGCAGACUUCGUCGGAGGUGGUGCGGGUGAUUCCCAGAGUGUUGUUUGGAAAGUGGCCACAGCUAAACAUGAUGUUCUUGUAGCACUACUGAAUCGACUGCGUGAAAGUGGAGGUCAGAUUGAAGGAUUUGACGAUAUCAUGCGAACCUUGCAACAGCGGGUGGAUGAAGGACCUUGGGGUCCAGUGCAAUCUGGCGGAACCCAAGUGCUGACAGCUGAACGAUGA